UACUACUCUACCAGCCACCAAAGAUCAACGCCAGUAACUGUCUUCAAGCUCCUCUCGCUCUAGAACAGAACUCUCGUUGCUUAGUUAGGGAGGCUUUCUACUUACAUACGAUUAUCCAGCAAACCAGUACCACAAGUAGAAUAUCAUGGCCGCGAUCAUCUUUGUACUUUCGUUUCUGCCUCUUGUUUCUCGUUGCAGCGUGUCCUCUCGCAUUUCCUUUUUCACGUCCACGUCCAAACUGGAAAAGCCUGCUCGUUCUGUCGACGCCCACCGAGAUACUACAACCUCAAAAGCAGUCUGUCGUCAAAGUUAAGUAACCACACGAUUGAGUGCGCACACCACGACCACCACAUCUCUGUUUUUCUAGCGACCACGUUAGAAUAUCACACGUAAUAAUGUACUCAUCCUCAGAUGAAAGUCAAAACUGCUGAAGUGGCUAGCUAACUAGCUAGUGAAAAAGAUACUGGUCUGGACAAGGUUCGCGGUCUGGACAAGGCUCUUGGGUAAGACGGUCAUCAUCCUGGUCUUGCUCUUGAAAAAGCACCAAGAACCCUACGUGAUUGUCAUGACUUUCAUCCACCUAACUGGUAGUGGACGACGUGGAGCUGGUGAUCUAUACCUGCUGUUCCGUCUUCUUCCUCCAGUCAUCUUGCUGAUUAUCGCGACCGGUCUUCGCGAUGUUGAGGUCGUCGGAGCUUCCCAAGUACUAGAGUUACGGGUUCUUGGUGUAUUUGCAAGCGACGCACUUCUUCGUGAUACGAGGGAACAUCAAUACACUAUGUUCUUCUUCGUACUGAAACAUCGUGGAGAAUGUCGAGUUUUUUUCCGAGUCGUAUCAAAAAAAUGAGUGAUUAUUUUUAGCAGUUCCAUCUAUCACCGAGUCUUUUAAGUCACUCGUCAACACUCUCGACGGCCACCACGUCGAUUUUCCUCAACCCAAUCGCAAUCUCUAAUGUGAAAUACAAACAACACCACCGGAAGAUUCCGCUAUCCGUCAGUCUUAGCUUGUGAUGAUCCGCAGUUCUUUAGUCCUCAGUGGCUCUACUGGAGGCACCUAGUACAGGAGAAGCUGCAAGUCGAUUCCCGUACUACGGGAAGUAGUAGUACAGUUAAAGUUAUGCAUAUGGGUUGUAGUACUGAUUGAAGUCAUGACUAUACAGGUGGUUGCACACAACGAUAGAGGAAUACAACACAUUUCCUAUGUUCUUACCCCCGUCGCCUCAACUUCUUCCUCGUGCACGAAUAUUAGGGUCUUUAAGUGGGUUUGGAGCACUUUUAAAUGGUACGCUCUUUCUCAUUCUCAUGAUCGAUGUUGGUCUUCUAAUGCUUGCCGUUUUUUAGUCGAAGACGUCGCUCCCUUUCUUGCCGAUACCGAAAUCAUAUUCGCAGCUGCCGACAUAGCUUUCGGGUACCAGGAAGUGCUUGUAAACUACUCAGGAGAGUUAGAUGGUGGACUACGCCAUGUCCGGGAUCUACAAGCACAAUGCCCAGACCAUACUUUCGACAAGUACCUUGUGCAACACUACUUCCGGAAUAGGGGACUGCCUGCGAAGAUAUUAGAGGUGGGGUCAACAACUUUAUGAUCAUGGAGGAUGAAGAAGAUCAAAUAUUUUUUUGAAAAUGUAGCAAGCUCGAUCUCGCUUAUCGUGCGGGUGCGCAGCUACAGAGCAGCUCCACUCGCUCUUCGCAGGGUCUUCUCGGUAGCGUCCCCUCAAGCCAUCCCAUCCCUAAUAUCUAAAACGUGGCCAAAAACCACCCACCAGUAGAGGUGAGCGCUUCUGUCUCCUAGGAUACGCGUUUGCAGCUUUUGUGGUUUUCGCAAGUGCAAGUCAAUUGAAUUUGGAGGAGAGUCAGGCAAAAACGUACCUCCAUCUUGCACGGUACCUUCUCGGCGAUUACCUUGCUUUCUUUAUGGUGCGGGUGAUGCAUUUGCAUUUGAGAGCUUUUUAUUAGAAUCUUACUCAUCUGGGCAGAAUACGAAUUUAUUUUGUUAGUAGAAUGAUCUUAUUCAUCUCGUCAUUGAGUUUGAGAUACCCAUACCUGUACCUGAUAUCAUAAUCAUGUUACCUGUGCUUUUGAUAUGUUGACCGCUAUUUUUUACUUGCUUUUCUUCCCGCUACUUCAUUCUCAUGUUCUUGCAUAUUAGAAGGACUGACUUCUGAUUGGUAGUCAUGGUACUUCAACCACGACCUCUAAUCUUCCGUAUACUGAAGAAGAUUCAGGAUGGCCCAUCAAUGCUUAUUUGGUUUUGAAGAAUUUGAAAAACCUAGACCAUCCUGCAUCCCCGAUCGCGACCAGGCUAGUACCACCCCCUACGACAACAAGUGGGGCAGGCGCAGUAGGAAUCGGAGAAAACAGCGGAAACACAGCAGAACAGCCUGCUGACUACAGUCGGACUGUAUUUCGUCCCGCCACAUCUCCCACCACUAGCCCUCCUCCAGCAUCCUUCCACCCAGUCCUCGGUGAUGCAACUACCGAAGAUGCUUGGUCGUUAUAUCGGAAACGAAUUGAGCACCCCUUGUGGGAUCGCUUUUUUCUGGAAGGGAAGAGGAAUGGCAUGUUCUUUCAACCUCCUGGAGACGAUCAAGAUGAUUCACCAUCAGAGGACCCGUCAAAGAAGCCCACUGUUAAGGCUUCCCCUAAUCCAUCCCUUCUAUAGAUAUCCCUCAGACAUAUGCGCCCCAAUACAAGGGAGAUACUGACGCAUAUAGAUACUUGAGGGAUUUCCACAGGGAUGAAUAGGGUUAGGAUUUAGGAUGAACAGGGUUUGGGUUAGGGCUCAUCUAACACUGUCUGGCAAUUGUGCAUACACACUGCAACAGCCGGCGAGAUGUACAACUUUUAGGCGAGUGGUUUGCUUUUGUCGUUGUGUCCUUUUUAUUCAUUUAUGCAGAUGUAGAAGUUGUUUAAAGUGAUAUCGCUGAAGUUGUUUACAGUGUACAGUGGAACAAGCUUGCGACUCUUCUUUCUGAAGAAGAGGGCUAUUUUGCGCCCACAUAAUCCUCUUCUAGAAGUAAUGCUAAUGGCAUCGACUCUUUCUAAGAUCUCGUCAAUCGCUUCGUGCGCCCGGUGCAGUUCUUCGGAAAUUCUCUAGCCCUGGACUUCUGCACCAAUUACAACCUGUGUCCGCAGUCCGCAGACUUCAUAGCAGAGAUUUUCAGACUGAACUCACAUUAUCGUUAAGGCGCAGAAAGUCGAGAUCGAGAACAACUACUGCUGGUGGAGGUGGAAAUCUAAUGUUGCUACGUCUUGUAGAAGAAAUGGAGGUCUCUUAGUAAUAAGAAGAAUGUGUAUUUAGAUUUGGCUGCAACCUCCUCUCGUCGUCGACAUAAAUCGAAAUCUGGACUCAAGAAAGAAGAGCCUAUCAAGACGAAGUGCCUCUCAAAAAAAUGUUGACUCGUGUGUGAGUGUUGAAGAUUCAAGAAGAAGUGUCUAUCAAAUGUUGUUGACUCAGACGAGUAGAGAAUAUGAUCGGUGUACCAUGUUGGUUCCGGUAUUUGGUUGUAUAGCCUGAAUUUGAUCAUAAGGGAAAACAAGAAGAGAACCCUUAGGAUCCAACUCAGGUUACCAAAUACCAGAACCAUUCAACACCUGAAGAACGUUUGCAACGACUAAAGAGCUAUUACCAAAAGCUGAGUGAUUUUCCAGAACUCCCAGAGUAUCAAAGAUGCUCUUUGCCAGGUCAGUUUUCUCUGGAAUACAAGAAAGAGAAGCAAGCGUCUAACCUCGUGGCUUCGAAGCUGGCACAAAAGAGCAAAAGCCUGUAGAACAGUGGAGCCUCCGAGAUACCGAACUUGCUUUGGUGGAAUUUCUGAUGAACAGCCCUCUCCCGGAAGCAGUGAAUUUUCGAGAAGCGGAAGCCAUUUUGUGCACCAUUCCUUUCUAUUUCUGUCGAUUCUUCAAAAGGUUUCUGCCAGCAUCGUCCGAUGAUGUCGUUGAAGAGAGUCAAGAACUACGAUGGCGAAGAAAAGGAACAUCCAUAACAUCUACUUUAGACGAGCAACUGGAAUCGAAACACUCGUCAAAGCGCUUGCUCAUGUACUUGGGGUUGCCACUUCACCAAGAUGUCCAAAGGGGUGAGCGGAUUGACAACUUCGUAGAGAUGAUGGACCUGGCGAUGAGGCCAGGAGUCACAUGGCUGGCAAAUAACGUCUACUUGGCGGAGCUAGUGAAUUGGAAGAGUUAAGGAUAGUUUCUCACUUUUGUUUUUUUCCGCCUCCCAGGUGCUGGACUACUACUUAUGUUGUAAGUAUCAUGGCUAGUAUAUACAGAGUAGUUUAUACUUAUAGCACGCAUGGAGUAGCAUGGAGAGCAUGGAGCGCAGAGCUUUAAGGGGCGCAAGAAGCUCCCCCUUUAGCUCCAUGCUACUCCAUGUGACCCAUGCACUCCGUCCAUGCCGUGCGAGCUGUGAAACCUUAUAAAUUGCUCUGGUAUAGUGCUGAGUCGUGUGCUGUUCAUCCCCUUAGAAUAAAUUGAAAUCAAGGGGAAACUACUACGCAAGAACCAGGCAUAGAAGUGGUGUGGAAUCCACUCAAGGAGGCAUGAUGGUGAAAAACUAGCGCUUCUAAAAGAGUGACGGCUGGAUCAAGCCAGCGGUCAUGCGCGUUCAUGGCUUACAUACGAAUAGCAACUUUUUCCCUGCGAGACAAGAAAACCUCAAGAACGGGAAGCCGAAAAAUCCUGCAACAGGCACAAUACCAAUAGAAGACGCUGACGCUGCACCAACUGGAACAAAAUUAGCGCCUACCUUUUUCGACCAGCACAAAGUCGACCAUGAUCCAAUGAGGACAGUGCUGAUAUCACGCGUGGGCACCAGUGGCGGUCUUGCGGAGUGUGUCUUCUUAUGUCCUCGUAUAAAUCCUGCGACGGUCGUCGUUGGGCUCCUUUAGAAAAUAAAUCCUGGAUAAUUGUUGUUGCCGCACAAGUGUAAGUAAUAGAAUUACAGACCACAAGUUUCCUCUAAUCUUCGCCGCUUUUCUCCAACGCAAUGGAGAUUAUCCUUUGAAAUUUCAAUUUCUUGAAAAUUUCUUAAGGCAAUUCCAUCCGAAUCCAGAUGCUGUCAAACAAGUGUACAUUGAAAAAAGACUCCCUUACGAGCUCUUCCAUCAGUUCCGGUCUGCAGUCUGGCUGCCAUACGACACCAGUCUGAUGCUGUUUUUAAGGCUAACUAACGCGGCUAAGGGAUUUUUUCUAUUCCGAGAGAAGUAGCAGGGUUCGCUUGUUUUGGAGCUGUUGCUUACUUACACCUACAGCACUCAAGAAAAAGAGGCCUAUCUUAAUCUGAAUCUCAAUCUCUAAGUCACUGGGAGCUCUAUUCUUCGGCCGUGCCUAUUUUUGUGCCUGAUUUGAAGAGUGGCCAUCUGUUACGGUGGAUGUGGGGACAACACACGAGACCAGACUUAGAAAGUUGGAACUUCUUUGAAGAUCACGUUCUUCAGGAGUAUCAUGUGGGAGGCCAGCAAGGGGUUGGGAGAGAUAAUGAAAUUGGACACCCAGAAUUAUGGCUCAACUUUCAAUGGUCACCAUUUAGAUUGGAGUCACUGAGAUCGAAGAGGCGACCUUCCCUGGAGAGUAGAACAGCGGAAAUAAACGAAGGGAAAGGGGAGAGCUUUCAGGGGGGUCUCCGUCUCUUCCGUUCAGAGUCGGUAACCAAUGAAUGCCGAGCUUUAACAGAAGCUGACGAAGCGACCACUAAGAUGAAUACAUUUGGCUUUAGGCCAUGUACAGUUUUGGGAGUCGAGGUAGAGGCUGAUCAAAAUCUUUUGGCGGUUACUACUAGUCCUACUACCAACGAGGACCUGAAGAUAAAAGACAAGUCCAAGACACGGGAGAUACUUGCAGCUGGACGAGUCGCUGGUGUUGGAUCUGAGAAAUUAUCCUUCUGGGAAGUGCCAAGACUAGCAGCAGGAAGUCUUGGCGGGCAGGACAAUAGUAAACAAGAAGAUGACUCAAAGAGGAUAUGGAAGCUAACCACACCAACGAUUCGAGACUGCGCAUCCGCGUGUAGGGCAAAAGGGGCAUUCGCUCGCAGCGAACAUUAUAGUUCUACAUCAAAAGCACUCGAACGACCAGCACAGCAAUCGUCUUGCUUCGCCUUUGAGUACUCAUACGCGAAAGAAAGUUGCAUGCUGUUCGAAGCUCGACCUGUGCUAGAUGGAGACGAAAUGUCAAGACUGACACUGAGAAUAACAAGGAUGCCUAUCAGAAAUCCUAGAUGGUGUCGACGAGUUGACAUCACGGAGGUGGCAGUCUCUACCAAGGUAGAAACUACGGCAGAGACUGUCUCUUCUACCAAGGUAGAAACAAAACUAAAGCCGUUACUCCAUCCUUGGCAGCGUUCUGUUUAUGGCGAUCAUCAUCAUAGUUAGCUGUUGUUAAAAAAAGGACGAGAGCAUGUUAGAACACACCGGAUGAUAGUGUCCCUCCAGCUUAGUCGAGGCUUUGCCUUUUCCCUGUUUCUUUAUGAUCUUCAUCCUUGCAGAAGAAUGUUUAUGGUUACACCCCUAGAGUAGUUUAUAGAACGGAUGUAGGAUGGACUUGGAUGGAUCGGAUGGGCCCUGCUGAUUCUUCCGGUCCUACUUGAAAUGGUGGGAAGUCCAUCCGAUCCAUCCCAUCCCGGACCUGGCACCCCUAUGCCUAUAUACUGCUCUAUUAUAGUACUCAUGAUUCAUCUGGUAGCUCACGUUAUAAUCCCACCUCCUGCUGAACAAAUUAUGAUGCAACUAGCACCACGAGGACCGCAGCUUCCUCCUCUAAUGUGCACCAGAGCAUCGACCAAGCCCACACUUCAACACGUACGGAAGGCUGGACCCAGAUGCCAUGUUGUUUUGGGCGCAGUAUUAAGGGUCGUACGUUAAAGGUGCUUUUCUUACCGCUUUUUAUGCCCCCUCUCUCCCUUAGGAUAGGAGAGGACUACUAGGGCAUAACACCUUAGGAUAGGAGAGGACUAGGGCAUAACAAGCGGGGGAACCCGCGAGCACCAAAAAGCUACCUCUAACAGUGCUCCGAUUGGGCGUUCUACCCCUUUCUUGGGAGGUUCAGAUCUAUUCCAGACCUCUUCCAGAAGCUGUUGGAUGUCGAUAUCCAGCAAACAAGUGCCCACAUGAAACGGUUUAACGAACGAGCAAUAGUGCACACGUCGAGGAGGUGGGAGAGGCUAUUGGGGUCCGCUUACUAGCAGCUCGGAGGUGCUGGGAGGGGUACUGCUAAUAGUCGCAGGGUCAGCCACGUCUUACUGUAAGAAUUUGGAUUUUGUCAGCUUCUACGGCUUUGGCUUACUAGGAUUUUGAGAUGAGAAGUGUUGUGAUGGGUUGUAGAAGUACCUUUUGGCUUUCAUAGUUCUUGUCUUGGAUUGGAGUUCUUAGAUGAUACACAUUCAUAACUGGUUGUAUUUCAAGGGGUAAGGACAAAGAAGGAUAUGUGUGAUUCAGCAGAGUCUAUCAUCAUGAGGCACGAUCCGCAUGUAACUGUAU